AUGUACGUACGUAUGUAUGUACAUAUUCGAGCGAGUCGUAGCCACAGCAGGGUGUGGUUUGAGAUUUGACUCACUCGCCUCGCAAAUGGAAUCGGAAUUGGUAGUUUAGCGCUGUUACCGUUGAUUGUUGAGCGCCAUGCUGAGCUGUGUUAAAUCGUGGUGAAUCGUACAAAUCGUAGUGAAUCGUGCGCGGAGUGUUAGCACAGCUCGGAAACUUCUGAGUAAGGCGUGUAUUUGAGUGAAUACGUAUAGAACAUACAUACUUAUAUGUAUAAUGCAUGGAAGACAGCUACAACAAAGCCUAAAAAUCAACAUAAAGGAAUUUCAAAAUUGCCGAGAUAAGGGACUUAUCGGUCAGCCAUUCAGCCUCGAGACAGUCGUUUAACGAAGCAUAUUUUAUACCAACUUUUACAAAUAUUUCAUAUUUAGAAGACGUUUCGGGGGACAUUUUUUCCAAGACAUUACGUACUCUCUAUUUACCAGCAGACAGUUUGAAUUUUAUGUUUCAGAACAAUGUCGAAUAAUGAUAAUAGCAGUUUGGAGCAACAAAUUGCAAACUUGCAAAUUAAUCACGGAGAUGGCAUUAAAAUCGUAAAGCCUGGCAAAAAGAUUGGACCGGCUGUGCCGCCGAAGCCAAAAAAGUCGCAGUCUCAGGUAAUGCAAAGUUACGUCGUAAAGGGAGGAUCCGUGCAAUCGUACGGUACGGUACUCAAUAAUUCUACGACAAAUGAAAAACCUUCCAACUUUUAUGCAAACUCUUCUACUCCGUACGUGCCUAUAAACAUAGAGAAGAACGAUUUUUCAUUGACGUCGACCACAAAUGGAAAAGAUACGUCUAAACUUUAUCAAAACAACGACAACUUUUACCCUCGUCAAGCCAAUGAGAAAUUCGAAACAAAAUAUGGAUACGAUGAGAAAAACUUCUACUCGAAUGUCGGAAAUCUGCCGGCCCCUCAGGUUCCUGCCGAGGAUCAUUCGAGAUCUUCGGCGAGAAAUGUUGUGUACAGCAACAUAGAUCCUCCGAGGAGCAUGCAGAGUAAAACUGGAAACAAGACUGAAAACGAUAUCAUUUAUAGUAACAUUCAAUGGAAUUCAAAACCAGAAAACACGUAUUGCAAUAUUACCCCUGCUCACGACGAUUUACCACCGCCACCGGAAUUAUCGGAAUACGUUCCUUGCGUUCCAAGUAGUUCUUUUCCUCCGCCACCGGAAGAACUACCACCCCCGCCGAGUCCUGUUUCGUCCAGUUACAGCGAAUUGAGACGCGCCACUUACCAAACCGAUUUCCCUUCGGAUAAUUAUCCAAACGAUAUUUAUGGGACAAGCUCGCAAUCCAGCUCGACGUACGAGUCUAUAUACGAACCGAUCAAUCCUAGACCACCGUCUCAGUUGUCUUGCAAUUACUCCAUGUAUUCUGGCUACGGGUCCGCUACGUCGACUCAGCAGCAAGGGAAAGUGUCACCGGUCAAGGAAGUAGACGAUUUGAUGGACUUAUUGGUCCACGGAGUGGAGGACAACGACGAAGACGAUGACAUAUAUGGAAUAUGUGCGCAAUGCGGUCACAAAGUCGAAGGCAAAGGAUGCUCCGCGAUGCAUAAAGUUUUCCACAUCGACUGUUUCUGUUGUUACGUUUGUAAAGUGAAUUUGCGGGACAAACCGUUUUUCUCGUUGGAAAGUAAGCCCUACUGUGAGAAAGACUAUCUGAACACGUUGGAAAAAUGUUGCGUUUGCGCCAGCCCGAUAUUCGAUAGAAUAUUAAGAGCGACGGGAAAACCUUAUCAUCCGUCUUGUUUCACAUGCGUGGUUUGCGGUCAGAGUUUGGACAGUAUACCAUUCACGGUGGAUGCUACCAAUCAGAUACACUGCAUAGAAUGCUUUCACAAGAAAUUCGCGCCACGUUGUUGCGUAUGCAAAUUGCCGAUCAUGCCGGAACCAGGCCAGGAUGAAACUGUAAGAGUCGUGGCCCUCGAUCGUAGCUUUCAUAUUCAGUGUUACAAAUGCGAAGACUGCGGUUUGGUUUUGUCUUCGGACUCCGAAGGACGCGGCUGUUAUCCUUUGGACGAUCACGUAUUAUGUAAAAGUUGCAACGCGACUCGCGUCCAAGCACUAACGUCACACAUGACGACAGAAUUGUAAAUUGUGAAUUGCAAGUCGUAAAUCGUAAAUUGUAAAUCGUGAGUCGUGGAUCCUGCAAACGUGCGACCAUAGCCAAGAUUGCACGAGUCACGUAUCGCGAUCAGUUGUUAAGCUGCAGUAUCGACAAUUUUUCAUCCUUAGGAAUAAAUAUUAUACAGUACUAUUCAAUGUAUCGAGAACAACUAAAGACUCGACAAUUUUUUUUAUCGUUUAUUACGACGUGUUGCGAAAAGAUGCGUUCUUCUUGUCGGAGGUAUUUUUUCGAGACGAGUGUGACGAUUGGUAGUUAUGAUAAUCGAUAAUGUGAUCUUAGGGAACGCGCAGUAUACGCGAUUAGAGCACACAGUAUUCGACGUUUAGUGCGAGAGAAAGAGAGAGAGGGAACACGACGAUGAGCGAAAAACCGCUCAAUUUUAUGUGAUAUUCUAUUCACGAACAUGGCACGCGACACGACACAAGAGGUAGAGAUUGUGCCAUUUAUACAUCGGUUUUGUUUAUCUAUACUCUAGUACAUCGAACCAGUUAGAUAAUUAAAUUUCCGCAUUUACGGUAAAUCGCGCGAGAAUACUAUGUAUUGAUGCAAAUACCUUAAACAAUAUCGUUCGUUCGACGACAAAUGAAAAGACUAAGCGAUUAUACGAUAAUAGAGCGUAAUUGUUAACACGCAUUGCUGAAGCGAUAUCAGCAAAUCAAUAAAGUAUUUAAUCUGUUUGACAGAGAAA